AUGUUGCCCGAUUUGCCGGUUGAAGUGAUUGAACAGAUCGUGGGAUACCUGCCAAGCGCAUCGGCUAUCGUCAACCUCGCACGGACAGAACGCAAUCUCCAUUCAAUUGUCUCAGCGGACGGCUACCAUGUUUUUCGAUCAUUCGUUCAGAAUGCAUUCCCGACUAUCAAGACACCGCCGUUAUGGAGAGAUGCCGCUCGUAUCUUAACAUCUCGCUCUCGGGCUUGGGACCGGCGAGCAUUUAUAGCCCGAGAAUGCUACCCGCCACCUGACAACAUCGACUAUCCCCAGUAUGCGCUAGGGAGUCACAAGAUAGGCUAUCAUCCAGCCAUUGACAGCUACGAAACAUGGGAAGGACAUUCCUGGUCAAAUCGAAAGGAAGUGUUGGCGUGGGGUGCGGCAGGCCGUCUACGGACACGAACGAUCAAAGAUGGUGUAACGACCUGGAGCUCAUACAGCAUACCAGAUGAUCAUAGACAAGACUUGGACAUUCUGGAUGUGCGAAUCUUACGGCCACACCAGGUUAACAGCUCAGAUGGCGAAACAAUUGUCUUUCGAAGAGCCAACCACGAAGUCGUCAAAGUCCAAACCUCGGAACCCGAUGUUUUUACACAGCAGUCAAGCUAUGUAACCCCGCCUGGUGACCACACAUGCAUGGAUAUUAGCCAGAGCGCUGAUCCUAUACUUGCGGCGUGCGGUGAUCACUCCAUCAGACUAUACCCUGUACGCAGCCAACAGAAGCUCGUCCGACCGAGCGAUUCCGUCAAGCUGGAGGACCGGUACAAGAUCCAACAACGGAUGCGCUGCAUAAAGUUCUUAUCCGGCACUACAGUCGCUAUUGCGAAUCAGUUUCUCCAAGGACGAGAUCGGGCUCCCAUCCACAUUUAUGACAUCAGUCAAACUGGCCUGUCUUCGACACCGCUCACAGAAUCGAUGAGCUACUCUGAGACAAGUAACCCAUAUAUGAGCCGGCACAGCGCCAACGUGAUCGUGCCACUCGAUGACAUUGGCAUCAGUGGAAGUAGUCCCGGGACCCUGUUUCUGUCGGGAUGGACAGACGGUAUCGCUCGGUUACACGACACAAGGAUAGCUCAGAAAUCAGUGGUUGAGUAUGUGGAUGCGGUUGAUUCCGGGCAGAUUCUUUCCCUCCUCACCGUGGGACACGAGCACUUUCUGGCCGGCAGUUCCGAGAACGGCUGCCUGAGAACUUUUGACCUCCGCAUGCCGGGCGCCAAGGCAUACUCAUACCUCAACGCACGACAGACUCAGCCAACCCGGAGCCCGAAAAAAACGGAGCCGCAGAGAGGUAUCAACAUCUUCCUCACGCCGACGGUCAACUUCGGCGAACGACUCUGGGAGCCUCUACCGCGAAAUCCGCGGAAGCGGUCACAAGGCUACCGUGGCUCUGUCUACUCCCUUUCCAGUCCCUCACCCAGCUCGCCAACUGUCUAUGCAGGGAUUGAGAACCAUGUGCUGCAACUGGACUUUGUCUCGACCGACGACAUCCGCAGCCACAAGACCGACAUUGAUCUGAACAGUCAUGACGCCAAAGGUCGAGACUCCGAACAACCUAUCCUGAAUCUGUCAUGCUACGAGCGUCCUCGGGAAGGCAAAGAGAGCACGGACCCAGUGUUGUUGAGGAAACAACUGGAUCUUUCCUGGGCUUUGAAAUAUGGCAACAUAGACAGCGAAGGCGGAUCAAGGGAGGAAGGCUGGGAUGAGAGAUUACGAUUGAAUACGUCUGUGAAGGACCGAGGGCAUAGGGAAUCGGGUUGGCGGACUCAUAGACGGCAGCCUACAUGA